AUGUUCAAGAGGCACCGAGAAAGAGAAGACCCAUAUUCUUGCUUGUCACUCUGUGCAGCUAUCGUUGUCGAUAGGAAAAACGAGCAUCCUCUCAAGCAGCGCGUAUUAUUUGUACACAACGGCGGUUGCUUCGUCGCUCGUUUCCGGCCGCAAAACAAAGUCGAACUCGCCAGCGGAGGUACCCCGAUAGUCCAAUUCGAAAGCCCCGACACUUGCAAUGUCCAGUCAAGAGAUGGCGGCGGCGGCGCCUUCACCUUCGACCGCGUCUUCGACAUGGCCUGCCGUCAGUCCGACGUCUUCGACUUCUCCAUCCGUCCCACCGUCGACGAUAUCCUGAAUGGUUACAACGGAACCGUCUUUGCCUACGGUCAGACGGGUGCCGGAAAGUCGUACACCAUGAUGGGCUCAGACAUCGGCAGCCCCGACCACAAGGGUGUCAUUCCGCGCAUCACUGAGCAGAUCUUCGCAUCCAUCAUGGCCAGCGAGAGCAACAUCGAGUACACGGUGCGUGUCAGCUACAUGGAAAUCUACAUGGAACGCAUUCGCGAUUUGCUCGUUCCUCAAAACGACAACCUGCCAAUCCACGAAGAGAAGAAUCGCGGUGUCUACGUCAAGGGUCUUAUGGAAGUCUACGUCAGCAGCGUCGACGAGGUCUACCAAAUCCUGGAGCGCGGUGGCAUGUCUCGCGCUGUCGCUGCUACAAACAUGAACCAGGAGUCCUCCCGUUCCCACUCCAUCUUCGUCAUUACCGUCGGUCAGAAGAACGUCGAGACUGGAAGCGUCAAGUCGGGUCAGCUCUUCUUGGUCGAUUUGGCUGGUUCGGAAAAGGUUGGAAAGACAGGAGCCAGUGGCCAGACUUUGGAGGAAGCGAAGAAGAUCAACAAGUCGCUCAGUGCUCUCGGAAUGGUCAUCAACGCCCUGACAGACGGCAAAUCCUCUCACGUCCCCUACCGCGACUCGAAACUCACCCGUAUCCUACAAGAAUCUCUUGGUGGUAACUCGCGCACCACCCUCAUUAUCAACUGCUCGCCCUCGAGUUACAACGACUCUGAAACCGUCUCCACCCUCCGUUUCGGUAUGCGAGCCAAGUCGAUCAAGAACAAGGCCAAGGUCAAUCAAGAACUCUCCCCUGCCGAACUCAAAGCUCUCCUCCGCAAAGCUCAGUCUCAAGUCUCAAGUUUCGAAACCUACAUCUCCAACCUCGAAUCAGAAGUCGGCACCUGGCGCAAGGGCCAAGCUGUCCCGAAAGAGCAAUGGACUCCCACUCUCAAAGAUGGUCCGGUCAGAUCUGCGCCUCGUCCUGCCACCCCAUCGCUUCUCGGCGAUCAACGAAAGGGUGCCGAAACCCCCACUUCGACAAGGCCCGACUCAAGAAUGGAUUUGGAACGCGCUGGUACACCAACGACUGCUAUGGAUAAAGACGAGAGAGAAGAAUUCUUACGACGUGAGAAUGAGUUGCAAGAUCAGCUUGCUGAGAAAGAGUCUGUUAUUGCCACAACUGAGAAGGCACUACAAGAUACACGACAAGAGCUUCGCGAUUUGAGAGAAACACACGGCCGUGUGAACAAGGAUAACGAGAAGCUCGCUGGCGAUGUCGAAGGCUUGAAGAUGCAGGUCGAGCGCAUCACUUUCGAGACCAAAGAGGAGUCCAUUAUGAUGGACAGUCUCAAGGAAGCCAACAACGACCUCUCUAACGAACUUGAUGAGCUACGAAAGGAGUUACUCGAGGCGAAGAUGAAUGCACGUGAGACAUCGGCCGUUAUUGACGAGAAGGAGAAGCUGAAGAAGGAACGCAUGGCUCAGAUGAUGGCUGGCUUCGAUCUUGGAGAUGAGGUCUUCUCAGAGAAUGAGCGCAGCGUGCAAGAAGCCAUCAAGCAACUGGAUGCCCUUCUUGAGUCUACCUCCAAGGGCGAGGCACCUGGGCUGGAAUCUCUGUCGAAGUUGAGAGAAAGAUUGGUUGAGACACAAGGUGCCAUUCGCCAGGUCGACCACUCCAGCCAGGGAGGCGCUCUCGAGCACAAGCUCUUGGCCGUACAAAAACAGUACGAGGAGCUCCUGCAAACAAAUCUUUCAGAGGCCGACGUCGAGGAUGUCAAGCGUCGUCUGCAAGAGUCACUUGCAUCGCAUACCGAUGGCCAGACAGGAUCAUCGGACCUCAACGCUGCCCUGGCUCGUCAGCAAGAAGAGAACCUCCGUAUGCGCAGCGAGGUUGAAGCUUUGAGGCGUCAAACAGUCAAUGGAGCAAAUGGCGCCAAGUCGUUGCACCAACAACUGGCAGAUUUCGAUGCCAUGAAGAAGUCUUUGAUGCGCGAUCUGCAAAACCGUUGCGAGCGUGUCGUUGAGCUUGAGAUCUCGCUCGACUCGACAAGGGAACAGUACAACAGCGUCUUGCGCUCAGCAAAUAGCAAGCAGCAACAGAAGAAGCUGGCCUUCCUUGAGCGCAACUUGGAGCAACUCACCCAGGUCCAAAGGCAGCUGGUCGAGCAGAACGCCCAACUCAAGAAGGAGGUCGCUAUUGCUGAUCGCAAGCUGGCGGCACGAGGAGAACGCAUCCACGGUCUCGAGCAAUUGCUUGGUGAGAGCCAGGAGAAGCUUAUGCAGGCCAACCAUCGCUUCGAAGCCCAGCUCACUGCAGUAAAAGAACGCCUCGAGGCCGCCAAAGUCAGCGCCGCCACUCGCAACGGCAACAUUAACGUCGCAGGAGGUGCAGCCCCCAAUGGCUUCGGAAGCCAACUCGGCAGCCGUAUCGCAAAACCGCUCCGUGGUGGUGGAGGCGAAGGUCCCAUGGUCCCGACACUCGCCGGCCUCCAACAACAGCAACAGCAAGAAGGCCCAAAACGCAGCAGUUGGUUCUUCAACCAGAGAACCUGAGGUCUGGCGAAUUAACUCUGGCGGUCUUGUUCUUACUGCUCGCAUUUGGGUUGUUGGUUUGGUGAGACUGCGGGUUUGCAGUCUUUCUCUCCCAUUGGGUGAAUGAUCAGAAAGUGCAUUUAGAGGGCGUUUUCUCCAUGGAGUUCUUUCAUACAAGGGCGGUUGUUAUUGUUUUCACUGCCUUUUCCCCUUCUUGCAUAUCGGUGCUGCCAUUCCAUUUGAGCGCCGUAAUCCCUCAAUCUUUAUGAAACACAAACAAACAAAUUCCCGAUCUUGUUCUCACACUGUUCUCCUUUUUAACCUUUUGAUGUUAUAUAUUGGUGACAAUCUUUGGCCCAUCGCCGUGCUUGUUGGAAGAGAACAUUAACUUCCCGUGUAGGCAAAGAGAAACAGCAUUCGACUCUAGCAAUUGACAACCAAUUAUUCUACUAGCUCGGCCGAUGUCAGGCCCUGGUUUUGGAAGUUGAACGGUUACACCCUGUUUG